AUGGAGGUGCCCAGCCCACCCCGGGAGGGGAGGCUGCAGCCCACGCUGGUGCUGGCCACCCUGAGCGCGGGCUUCGGCUCGGCCUUCCAGUACGGCUACAACAUCGCCGUGGUCAACACGCCGCACAAGGUCUUGAAGUCAUUUUAUAACGACACCUACUACGCGCGACACGGGACGUCCAUGGACGAGAAGCACAUGCUGCUCCUGUGGUCCUGCACCGUGUCCAUGUUCCCCCUGGGCGGCCUGCUGGGCUCGCUGAUGGUCGGCGGGCUGGUGGACAAGUGUGGCCGGUGAGCGGAGGGCGCGGGGAGCAGCAGCCCCUCUGUCCCCAACCCCGAGGGCGAGGUACCGCCCUUGAGAGCAAAGUUCUGGAUGCGACGCCCCUUGGUGCCGUGUCAGCACCUGCAGCAGGUGCUCCGCAUCUCCUACAGCGCCCUCCCCAUGUACCUGGGAGAGCUGGCUCCCAAGAACCUCAGGGGCACUCUGGGCACAAUGACGGAGGUUUUUGUCAUCGUGGGAGUCUUCCUAGCGCAGAUCUUCAGCCUGCAGCCCGUCCUGGGCAAUCCUACAGGUACCCAGGCGGUGCGCGCCAAGAUCAACUACUACGCAGACAUGAUCUACGCAUCCGCCGGCAUAUCGGCCGCUCACUCCCAGUAUGUAACCGUGGGCGCCGGCGUGGUCAACAUAGUCAUGACCGGCGUUUCGGCCGGCACCGUGGAGUGGCUGGGCAGACGGCUCCUCCUGCUGGUCGGCUAUGGCAUCUGCGGCUCGGCCUGCCUGGUGCUGACGCUGGCGCUCCUCUUCCAGAUCGCGGUCCAUGGGCUGUCCUACCUCGGCGUCAUCUGCGUCUUCUCCUACAUCGCGGGACAUUCCAUUGGGCCCAGUCCCGUCCCCUCUGUGGUGAGGACUGAGAUCUUCCUGCAGUCCUCCCGGCCGGCCGCCUUCAUGGUGGACGGGGCUGUGCACUGGCUCACCAACUUCAUCGUGGGCUUCAUGUUCCCUUCCGUCCAGGAGGCCAUCGGGGCCUACAGUUUCAUCGUGUUUGCCGGAAUCUGCCUCCUCACUGCUGUUUACAUCUACGUGGUGAUUCCUGAGACCAAGGGCCAGACAUUUGUGGAGAUAAACCGAAUUUUUGCCAAGAGAAACGGAGUGGAGAUUCCAGAGCCGCGAGAAGAAACCACAGGUGUUGAGCCUCACGCGUCUCCGCCCGCGAAGGAAACUUUCCUCUGAUGGUUCUGCAGGUGCCACACCACACUCGGAGGCCAGUCCCCGAGAAAGGGACUCCCCCCAGGCCUCACGGGAGGGUCACAGCUCUGAGCUUUCUGCGCCCCCAGUGGCAACUGGAAGGCUUUGGAAAGAUCAGUCCCUGGUUUGGUGGAGGUGUGGUUAGCUUCCAGCCCUAAUUACCAGGUGGUGUGACUCCGGAGAAUGGGCAGGCCCUCCGCAUUGACUGGCAGGACUAGGUGCUCUGACUAUGGGUGUAGGGGUCAGAGACUCAUGGAAUACUGCAUGGAGGUACUUUUAUAAAGUAAAAUGUUUCAAGGUCAGCUAUUCAUAGGGAGGCCUGAAUUCCAAUCAAUGUAUUGGCUUGCGAAUGAAAGGAACUAGAGGCCAAGGCUCCGGAUUCCACUGCCGCUCACGCUCCGUGCCGUGGCUUGCACGUAUUCUGGUCAGCGUCACAGCCUGCAGGGGCAGCUGGGCAAGAGAGGUAACAGGUGUUCUUGGGCCUGUUUAGAAAAACACCUUCUCUGGGUGGGUCAGUUGACCUCUGCCUUGGAAACAGGAGAGCACUGUAUCGAAAGAUACAAAGUGCCAAAGCUCACUCAGUAGGAAAUAGACAGCCUGUGUAGUCCUACAUCCACUAAAGAAAUUGAAUCUGUGGCUAAAAACCUUCCCACAAAGAAAACCCCAGGCCCAAAUGGGUUCACUGGUGAAUUCUACCAAACAUUUAAGGAAGAAAUAAUACCAAUUUGACACAAAGUCUUCCAGAAAAUUAAAGAGGAAGGAAUACUCCUGAAUUCAUUGUAUGAAGAAGUCAUCAUUAUUCCGAUUCCAAAGCCAAACUAACGAUGUUACAAGAAAACUACAGAUUAACACCCCUCAUGAACAUAGAUACAAAUUUUACCAGAUUUUACCAUAGAUACCAGAUUUUAGCAAAUAGAACACAAUAAUAUAAGGAUAAUAAUAUAUUCUGACCAAGUGGGCUUAUUCUAGGAAUGCAAGGUUGGCUUAAUCCUCCACAAAUUUAUCUAUAGAUUCAACACGAUUAGAACCAAAAUUGCAGCAGGCCUUUUUUGGGCGGGGAGGGUAGAAAUUGACAAGCCCAUUCUACAAUUUAUGUGGAAAUGCAAAAAAACCUAAAGUAACCAAACCAACUUUGAGAAAGAUGAAGUUGGAGGACUUAUUACCUCAUGUCAAUACUCAUAUAAAACUACAGGAAUCAAAACAGCAUGGUUGGUAUAGCAGGUAGAUCAAUGGAGAACAAGAAAUAACCCAGAAAUAAACCGCCACAUCCAGAGAUAACUGAUUUUUGUCUAAAGCAAUCUGAACGGUGACAGGAUAGUAUUUCCAACAAAUGCACUGGGGUAUAAUUAUAUCCAUAUGUGGGGAAAAAGAACUUUAUCCAUACCUUACAUUAACGCAAAAUGGAUCACAGGCCUAAAUUAAGACUUAAUAAAACUUCUAGAAUAGAACAUAGGAGAUAAAUAUUUAUGAGCUUGGAUUACACAAAAAUAACACCAAAAGCACAAUUCACAAAAGAAAAUAUUGCUAAAUUGGACUUUGAUACAAUUAAGAACUUCUGCUAUUUGUAAGACACUAUUAUGAAUAUAAAAAGACAACCACAGACUGACACAUAUAUAUGCAAACCUCAUAUCUGAGAAAGACAUGUAUCUAAAUGUAUAAAUGUGUAAUGAAUAAAGAACUCUCAGAACUCAAAUAAGGAAACAACCAAUUCAAGCUUAAAAAUGGGCAAAAGAGUGGAAUAGCUACUUCACCAAAGAAGACACAUGAUGGUAAAUAAUCACAUGAAAAGAUGCUCCAUAUUUUUAGUAAUUAGGGAAAUGCAAAUUAAAACCAUGAGGAGAUACCACUACACACCCGUUAGAGUGCCUAACGUUAAAAAGACUACAUCAAGUGUUGACAAGGAUGUGGAGAAAGCAGAACUCUUGUAUUCUGCUGGCAGUAAUGUAAAAUGGUGCAGCCAAUUUCAAAAAGGUUUCCGGUCCCUUAAAAAGUGAAACGUCUACCAUGAUCCAGCAUUCCACUCCGGAGUAUUUACCCCCAUGUCCGUUCAAAGGCUUGUACCCAAGUGCUCAUAGCAGGUUUAUUUGUUAUGGCCCCAAACUGGACACACUACAAAAGUGCAUCCCCAGGUGAGUGAAUGAAUGAAUUGUGGUCGAUCCAUACAACAGCAUACUUCUUCGCAGGGCAAAGAUACGAACGACUGCCACCUGCCACAAUAUGCAGGAACCUCAAAGUCAUUCUCCUCCAGGGCACAAGACAGACCAAAAA